AACACUUUGGGAAUAGUUUAUUUUUGAUUUGAGAAGCAAGUACGAAGGUUGUGGACAUCGAUCAUGGAAUAUUUGUGGACUGGACUAUAGACGAUGGUUGCUCAUAAAAAAAAUGGAAUGUAUAGACCCUCUGCCAGCCUAAUACUGGCUGCCAGGGAGGACCCCUCGGCUGAAUAUGACUACAGUUUACUGCUGAUUAAACGCUCGGAGCGCACUUCAUAUGCUUUAAAUCACUGUGUAUUCCCAGGUGGGGUGCUGGAUCCGGAGGAUGAAUCUUCAGAUUGGCUAAACUAUUUCCGGUCAUUUGGUGUCUCCGAUGAACACCUCACGUCCCUUACCCAAGCUCAACAAACUCCUAGGCCGAAGUUUUUAACUGGUGGAGAGCAUUUUUCCAGAGAUGUAGCACUAAGGCUCACUGCUCUCCGAGAAACUUUUGAGGAGGUUGGCCUCUUAAUCUGCACCAGCCAAGAGACUUUCAACAAAUGGGAUUACAAAGAUGGACAACCGAGGACUUUGCUCCUAGAGCCAAGCGAUCGUUCCGAGUGGCAAAACAAAGUGCACAACAACCCCAGUGAGUUUCUAGAGCUUUGUCGGCAGUUCAAUGUCAUUCCCAAUCUGUGGACUCUGCAGGAAUGGUCUGUGUGGAGAACAGCAGCCACUGCCUCCCGUAAAUACGACACUGUCUACUAUGUGACUGUUUUGGAAGAGCAGUCAGAGAAAGUAAGCCUGCUAUUAGAGCCAGAGGAGGUAGACUCAGCCCACUGGAUGAGCCCGUCGAAAGCUUGGUGUCGUUCCCAGGACGGAACUAUUUGGCUUCCAUUUACUCUUCUCUACGAUACUGCCCGUCUAAUGAACCUUCGUAGAAGGCAAGAGCUUCUGGACUUCGUUCAGGAAAGAAUCAUUCAUGGUAGCACAUUGGUGCAGCCCGUCUACUACCGUUGCAGUGACUGCAUGUUCGGGGUGCUUCCUGGGGACGAACGCUAUCCAAGUGAGCCCGGAAGCUGCACGCAAUCAAUAAUUCUGCCUGAAUCUAUUGAAGAAAUCAAUUUAAAAACCAAGCAAUAUAACCGCUACAUCGUGUAUAACUUCCACAAGGUUGUGCUGGCUUCCAAUGUCCCACCCAAUGAUGGUCACCUCCAGUUGCAGUCGCAUGUGAACACCAAGCUGGCAAAGUUGUAGUGCAAAAGUCGGAGAUAUUGUAAAGUUUGGGUAAAAAUAUAUUUCUGUUGCCUAUGAUUAA